UUCUCCGGAAGUGAUAGAAAGAAAUGGCAGACACAGUGCAGAGUGACAGAAAAACAAACGGGUUUCAUAAAACAACCAACGGUCAGCAUGUUGAAGAGCUUAAAAUUGCCAUUAUCGGCCAGAGCAACUUCGCCGCUGAAGUACUCGAACUUCUGCUCGAGCGAGACCACAUGGUGGUUGGUGUGUUUACGAUCGCCGACAAAGGAAAUCGUGAGGACAUACUGGCCACAACAGCACGCCAACAUCGCAUACCGGUGUUUAAGUUUGCGGCCUGGCGUCGGAAAGGUGUCCCUAUACCGGAGGUUCUCGAGCAGUACCGCUCGGUAGGUGCGAACCUUAAUGUGCUCCCGUUCUGCAGUCAAUUCAUUCCGAUGGAAGUGAUCGAUGGAGCCUCGUUCGGCAGCAUCUGUUACCAUCCUUCAAUCUUACCCGCACACCGAGGCGCUAGCGCUAUCUCUUGGACACUAAUUGAGGGUGAUGAGCGCGCCGGGUUCUCUAUCUUCUGGGCCGACGAUGGACUCGACACGGGACCAAUUCUGCUUCAGAAACAGUGUCCAGUUUUCGGUGAUGACACGCUCGACACACUCUACAAGCGGUUCCUCUAUCCGGAAGGUGUGACCGCAAUGGGAGAAGCGGUGGACCUGAUCGCCGCCGGUACGGCUCCCAAGAUUCCACAGAUCGAGUUCGGAGCUAGUUACGAUCCUGCACUGUUUCGGGAAGAGAAUCAAUACAUCAAUCUCAACCAACCCGCUGUGAGGAUAUUCAACUUCAUCCGUGGCUUAGACUCGGUACCUGGUGCACUUGCAACGGUGGAGAUGGAUGAUGGUACUGAGACUCCCGUUCGACUGUACGGUGCGUCACUCAGUGCAAGAAGAAGUAUGACAAAUGCUAAGCUGAUCCGCUUCAAAGGUGCCGUUGGUCCUGCGUUUGUAACGCGCGAAGGAAUCUUCAUCACCGGAACCGAUGGAGUGUUGGUACGGGUGAAGCGUCUCAAGCGUGGUAAUCGAGUAAUUCCCGCCGGACAAUGGUUUGAGCAGGCAAACAGCAGUACGAAACCAUUGGAGCUAACCGAAAAGGAACAAGAGCAGGACACGCUACUCCGCAGCAUUUGGAAAUCGAUCCUGAAGGUCGAGAUAGAGACGGAGACGGACUUUUUCGCUUGCGGGGCCGGUUCGAUGGAUGUGGUGCGUUUGGUGGAGGAAGUUAAGGAUACCCUGGAGGUACCGAUUAGCAAUGAAACACUCUUUAUGGCACCGAUGUACGGCGAGUUCCUGCAGGAGGUUAUAAUUCGGUUGCGGGCCGGUAGUGCUGGUGAUCGAAGUGCAAACAUUGAAUACCUUGGCAAGCACGUAAUGUUGACGGCAAAUCGACGUAAAAUAUGCGUCCCCACGCAGCUAUUCAUAAAUGGACAGUUUGUCGAUGCGGAAGGAGCGAAAACACUGCCGAUCGUUAAUCCUACCAACGAGCAGGUGAUCUGUGACGUGGCUAGUGCCUCUAAAGCAGAUGUUGAUGAUGCAGUUCAAGCAGCUGAUGAAGCAUUCCGAGGCGUUUGGACGUCGGUAUCGGCACGCGAGCGAGGCCAGCUCAUGUACAAGCUAGCAGACCUAAUGGAGCAGCACAAGGAGGAACUAGCGACCAUUGAAUCCAUCGAUUCGGGAGCCGUUUACACGCUCGCCCUCAAAACACACGUUGGCAUGUCGAUUGAUGCGUGGCGUUAUUAUGCCGGUUGGACGGAUAAAAUCGAAGGCACCACCAUCCCGGUAAAUCCCGCUCGUCCAAACCAUGUGCUCACGUUCACGAAGAAGGAACCGAUCGGUGUGUGUGCUUUGAUAACGCCCUGGAACUACCCGUUGAUGAUGCUUUCCUGGAAGAUGGCCGCAUGUAUUGCAGCUGGCAAUACUGUUGUGAUCAAGCCCGCCCAGGUCUGUCCACUAACAGCUCUUAAGUUUGCUGAGCUUACAAUAAGAGCUGGAUUUCCCCCGGGUGUGAUCAAUGUGCUGACCGGUACAGGAUCUCUAGCCGGACAAGCACUCGCCGAUCAUCCUUUGGUACGCAAGCUAGGCUUCACUGGAUCCACUCCAAUCGGUAAGCGCAUCAUGACAUCGUGCGCCGAAUCUAACAUCAAAAAGUGCUCCAUGGAGCUGGGUGGAAAGUCUCCGCUGGUCAUCUUCGCAGACUGUGACCUCGAAAAGGCGGUACGUCUCGGAAUGUCUUCAGUGUUUUUCAACAAGGGUGAAAACUGUAUCGCCGCUGGACGGCUGUUUGUUGAGGAUCGCAUCCACGACGAGUUUGUGCGCAAGGUGAUCAAAGGCAUUAAGACAAUGAAGAUAGGCGAUCCGCUCGAUCGAGCCACUGCCCACGGUCCUCAAAAUCAUCGGGCCCAUCUGGAGAAGCUGCAGGAGUAUUGUGCGAUCGGGUUGAAGGAAGGUGCCUCGUUGAUGUACGGUGGAAAACGUGUCCCAAACCUGGAGGGACUGUUCUUCGAACCGACCGUCUUUACGAACGUUGAGGAUCACAUGUACAUUGCACGGGAAGAAUCGUUUGGUCCGAUUAUGGUGAUUUCAAAGUUCCAUGCAAGUGAUUUUGAAGCGCUGGUGGCACGUGCUAACAAUACCGAGUACGGGUUGGCCAGCGGUGUUUUUACGAAGGACAUCCAGAAGGCUCUACUGUUUGCGGAAAAGGUGGAAGCUGGUACGGUGUUUGUGAACACUUACAAUAAAACGGACGUGGCAGCACCGUUCGGUGGAUUCAAACAGAGUGGAUUCGGAAAGGAUUUGGGUAAGCAUAGUUUGAAUGAUCUAAUGAUGAAGUGUGAACUAAUGUGUGGCUUCUUUUCUUCGUUUGCAGGCAAAGAAGCUUUAAACGAGUACCUAAAAACAAAGUGUGUUACUGUGGAGUACUAA